AGGUGCGCGCCGAGCGCUAGCCGUUGCGUCGCACUUUCCCGCGUACAAGAAACAAAACGCGCGCGCGUAAAAUGAUCGACAUUAUAAAUUAAACUGCGUGAACUAAUGAAAUUAUAACAGAUAUAAAUAUUAUUUAAAAAUAAUAUUGUGUUGUGCUACUUCUAACGUCGAUGUGGAAGCAAGGGAUUCAGCUGUAAUAACAUAAGUAGUGGGUGCGCCAAGAUGUGGCGUGCGAUACUGCUGGUAUGGCUGGCAUCACCCACCCUAGGGCAACAGAUUUUCCCAAAUAGGGUGUCCAGCGUAUCCACAAUCUGCAACAAGGCAUCGAUGACUGUACACUUAGAGAUGGCACAGCCAUUUAAAGGCCUUGUCUUCAGUAAAGACUUUUCGAGGGAGUGUCGUGUUCAAGGGAACCAUCAGAACAAGAUUACUCUAAAUCUACCAUCGAACGCGUGCGGCGUGAGAACUUCGACCAUGAACACUACAGUUGAGGAGCCCGAUGAUGAAGAGGAUUUGUACUACAACGUCGAGCUGGUCGUGCAAAUGGACAAACAACUGCAGCAGUCUUCAGAUCAAGAACUGCUUGUUAGAUGUAAAUUGCAACCUCGAGCGGUACGCAUCAACAGCUCAGCCUUAGAGACGGUUAUAAACAAUAAAUUACGCGAAAUGACUACCAGGGAGGCGAAGAAAACGAGAACUGGCCGCAACCGUCAAGGGUUCGCAAAUGCGGCAGAAAUAGAACAACGAGAGUGGCUGAUGGCGGCCGCACGAGCCUGGAUGGAGCUCGCACCUGCCGUGUCUGCUGCAGAACCUGCUACCGUUGAAGUCGGACAACCCACAAGAUUGCUUAUACAGUGCACAUUGCCUGUGGGCGUAGGACUCCGUGUGACAAAUUGCGUCGCCCACGACGGCUUAGGAGAAGCAUCCCAAAAAUUACUGGACGAGGCUGGCUGUCCUAUCGAUGAGACGAUUUUCAACAAACCAUCAAUCCACCAUCACAAACACAAAAGCGCCGAAAUAGACUUCUCAGACUUGGAACCUGUUAACCUACAGAAAAAUAUUGAUCAGAAAACCAACAUCAAACUGGAAAAAGCAGACCCUGACAACAUGUUUAAAAAUAUUAUGACAUAUCAACAUGCUAUUACUACAUUUGCUGCUUUCAAAUUCCCUGAUAGAGCUAAGCUACAUCUGACAUGUGGUAUCGAGCUGUGUAAGGGACAGUGCCCACCGGUGGAUUGCAAAGCCUUGCAAAAACCACAGCAAACCAGAGAUGGAUUGCUUAGAAAGGCUCGACUAGAUAAAGAUGCUAAAGGCAUAGUAAUUGACCGAUUGGAGGUAUACAACAGUAUAGAAGUACAUGCACCUAACAUUGAAUUAGAAGAUGAAGCAUCCAUAAGAGGAUCAAGAAGAAUUGAAUCAGAAGAAGAUGAAUUUGUCAGAGGCUUUUCACCCGGAGACAAGACUAUCUGCUUAUCACCAGGAAAAAUGGCACUCGCUUUUUGCGUUCUAGGGCUGAUAUUCCUGUGUGCAAUCGCCGUGGCUUUCAUUUCAUUAGUGAGAGCUAGACGCCGCCUGGGCAGAGAGCCUUUGCAUACGUCUCUGUCCUUCUACACAGGAAGCAAGAGCAUGUUUUCUUCAAGCGAGAGUUCGAGUUCUGGCCUUAGCGGGAGUAAACUUCUUCUAACUGACAGUCCAUAUCUAGACCACCACUCAUCGUCCAGCAACAACUGGCCAUAUUCUAGAGCUUUUUGACAUGAAGCUCGUAGGCGGGAAGUACGUUAACAUGUAAUAUAAUGAAGUGACUUUCCGUUGAAAAGGAUAUCUUCAAUGAGGUGGUUUCUGAUAAUCAUGCCUACUAAAGUUGCUUUACUGAGGAUACAGCAUGUUCGAUUUUAGAGAGGCAAAGUCUUUUUCGUUUCAGUGGAUUUAAUGAAAUGCAGAAGUUUUUUUUAUCUGUUGUUCCGAAAGGGUUGUGAAGCAUUUCAAUUGAUAGGUAUUACUAAAAUGGUAUCAGUUGUUAUCCUUUAUGCAAUCUCAACUCGCGAUUUACUCAUUGUUGAUUCAGGUUAGAGAAAUCUAAUCAGAUCAGUUUUGCUUAGGUAGUACGUAUAUAAUAAUAACAAUAAAAUGGCCAUAAACAACAUAAUUAACUAUGAAUAUUACUACCUACAUUAGUUUGGAAAAAAAAUAUGGGAAUUCUAUAAAUGAUUUAUCAAGUUAGCUUUACCUACAGCAAAUUUUCUUAUUUAAUUCAAUAAAAAUACAGACCUUGAGUUUGCAAAAUGAGGCUUAUAUUGAAAAGUUGCAAUUUGAAGAAAAAGUACUAAUGUGCAAGAAUAAGGGAACAGAUACUGUAUGUUACUUACGUUAUUCUUACAUAUGUACUUUCUCUAUUUGAUUGAUAAAAGAUAGCUUUCAAGUACCUACAGGACCUAACUAUUUCUAACUUCAUAGUUAGUAAUGAGCUAUUUAUUUUUUAGUAAUAUUAUCCGACUGUUUUGUCGUUUGAGGCGGUGCUUUUGAAUUUAUGUGGAUGCAAAAUAUUACCAGCUACGUAUAUAGUUCUUAUUUUGUCAAUAAAUAAUUGUACUAUAUACCUACU